AUGCUGAUGGACAAGUGAGCGUGAAAUUUGGUGUGCUCUUUGCUGAUGAAAAGUGUGCCAACCUCUUUGAAGCCCUAGUGGGAACCCUUAAGGCUGCAAAACGACGGAAGAUCAUCACUUAUCAAGGGGAGCUACUUUUACAAGGUGUUCAUGACGACGUUGAGGUUGUGCUGCUGCAGGACUGA